AACCUCAUCAUUUCUCAGUUCUCGUGUUCUUCUUCUUCUUCUGAGUCGUAUCAGUUCAGACCAAAAAUGGCUCAUAGUCUGCCUCUGAAACACUUGUUCUGUACAACCAUUUUGGCUUUCUUAGCAUUGGCUUUGUUAUCAAAAGCAGAGCUUGAUGCCCAUUAUUAUGACCAUUCAUGUCCCCAGUUGGAAAAAAUCAUCAAGGACACUGUUGUUAAUGCCUCUAAGCAUGACCCUAAAGUCCCAGCUCGUAUUCUGAGGAUGUUCUUCCAUGACUGUUUCAUUAGGGGUUGUGAUGCAUCAGUGUUAUUAGACUCAACUCCCACAAACAAAGCAGAGAAAGAUGGCCCUCCAAACAUCUCUGUUCGAUCAUUCUAUGUGAUCGACCAAGCUAAAGCCAAGCUUGAAAAGGAAUGCCCACACAUAGUUUCAUGUGCUGAUAUUCUUGCCAUUGCUGCUAGAGAUGUGGUAGCCCUGUCUGGGGGUCCAUCAUGGGAUGUUCUAAAAGGAAGAAAAGAUGGAAGAGUCUCAAAAGCAUCAGACACAAGAAACUUACCAGCUCCAACUUCAAAUAUGAGCCAACUUAUUCAAAGCUUCGCCUCAAGAGGGUUAGACAUCAAAGAUUUAGUCACUCUAUCUGGUGGUCACACUUUGGGAUUCUCCCAUUGUUCUUCAUUUGAAGCUCGUCUCAGAAAUUUCAGUCUGUUACAUGACGUUGAUCCAAGUUUGGACUCUGAGUUUGCACAAGAUCUCAAGAAGAAAUGCCCAGAAAAAGCCUUCAGGGGCCAUAAUGCCGGACACUUCAUGGACUCAACAGCUUCAGUGUUUGAUAAUGACUAUUACAAGAGAUUGCUUGCUGGGCGAGGACUGUUCAUAUCAGAUCAAGCCAUUGUUGGAGAUUACAGAACCAGAAGGAUUGUUGAAGCUUUUGCUAAAGAUCAAACCUUGUUCUUCAACCAGUUUGUUGCUUCCAUGUUGAAGCUUGGCAAUGUGGGUGUGUCUCAGGAUGGAGAAGUGAGACGUGAUUGCAAGGUUGUGAAUUGAGAAAGAAGCCGGAGACUAACUAUCGUCCAAAAAACAUUUUUCUGUUUUUUUUUUUCCCUUUCACUGCUUCUGUGGUUUGCAAGGUGGUGAUAAUGUGUUGUCAUGACUCAAGACUAAAUAAAAUAAGAAUGUCGUGAAAUGAAAAAUGUUGUCGUUUUCUUUAAAUAAUAUGUCUUACUCUUGAUGAUCCCCAAGUC